AUGUUCGAGGUUAAACUGAGAAGCGAGUCCAAGGCUGAUGACAGCGUGUAUACUGCAAACCCCGGUGCUGUGGGAUAUCUCCUCGCUGCAGCACAUGAUGGCGAUGUGGACGAGAUGCGUCGUGUCUUAGCCCAGAACUCGGGUUUGACGGUCAACAGUUGCGACUAUGACAAACGUACGCCACUGCAUUUGGCUGCUGCUGGAGGCCAUGUGGAAGCUGUGAGGUUCCUCCUGGAGGAGGGGGCCGCCUUGACCCCGGACAGAAUGGGCAUGUUGGCACUACACGAUGCGGUUAUGAAUAAUAAUGCGGCUGAGAUCCGCUCCAUGCUUGCUGAGGCUGACCUCAAAUGCCCUGGUGGUGCGUGCUAUCUACCUCCUGAGAAAGCCCAGAUGCUCAGAAACGCUGAUGUCUCUGAGGGCGCCGGCAUGAGUAUUACUACUGAGGAGGUCGAGACGAAGAUGACACAAGUGUUCUCUAUCAUAUCUAAGGAAGGUGUUUUUGCUCCUGCUCGCCUGUGGUUUGAGAUCCAGUAUUAUUUCACGGACCUCGGGCUCCAUCCGAAGUACUUCAUGCAUUGUACCAGCGCUCAGAUCGCGAGACAUAUACAUUGUCUGAUGGCUGCUAAGAAGGUAGCGCAGUCUACAGGGUCUUCAAGCAUCCACUUCGAGAUCGAGGAUGAGCAGUCUGGCUUCUUCCUAACGUCAAUGGAUGACAACCAGGUCACCCCCACUGAGAGGUUAUUGGCGGACUACCUCGCAAACUGCGGCAGUGGUGAAUCUUUUUCCGUCAUUUUCAUCAAGUCCGAGAAGCCUCCCGUUGUUGAUGGGAACGCACCCUUGGGAGUGUUCAUGGUGGAUAAGACUAGGUUUGAAACUCACGUUGGUGUUGGUGACGUUGCUGAAGAAGAAGAUCUACAACUCGUGGCAUCGCCUUUCUUCCUACAGCGCAAAUCGCUGGACUCCCAAAAGUUGUACCAAAACUUGGUGCACGAAAUCAUGAAGACCAGAAACGCUGUGGUUAAGCUCAUCGAAGCUCCUGCUCAUAUGGUCCGCCAGAAGGGUAGUCACGUGUUACAGUUCGCCUUGUACGACGUUGAAAGAAAGGGCAAGGUUUUUUUCGCCGAGUUCAGCGAGUGUUUGCGCGCUCACGGAGUGGUCCCACAGCGUAUGUACAUCGAGUCAUUUGCUAAUGGUGUGGUAGCUUAUCAUUGCUACUUGGGAGCUGAGUACAGCCCUGAGAAGCUCCAAGAUCUGGUCAAGACCCUCCGUUAUGUUAGUCACUUCAAACAUAGUCCCAAGCGUUCAGCUCUCGUCUGGGACCUCGUUCUGAAGAAGCAAAUAACACCAGCGCAAGCGGUGUUCUUCAUCACUGCGGUGAAGUUCGUUUUUACCUUUUUCCCUAAGGAGACGGCCGAGUACUUGACGUUAGCGGAGUUUACUAAGGCCAAUGCUGAGAUGAAGCGCAAACUCGACGAUCUUUUCCUGCAAACCAUGUCCAACGCUAUUACGUUCGAGAGGAUCUAUGACACACUGGUGUCCCAUUAUGAGCUGGCGUGUCUCAUGUACGACGAUUUCAAGAAGGUGGCAAAGGGUGAAUGCGAGCCCUUCUAUAACGCUGCUCUUGCUGAUAGGAUCGAUGACGAAGUGGCGCAUAGGCUGGAGGCUAAGAUCCUCAAGACCGCACUGAAGCUCACUGCCCAUCUGCGUAUGACGAAUUUUUUCAAGUCCGGAACGGCUGCAGCAAUUGCUAUGAGGUUCGACGGUAGCCUGCUGGAAGAUCGGCCGCGGUCUCUAUUUCCGGUGAUCCCCUAUGGUAUCUAUAUGGUUACUGGCCGUGGAUUCUAUGGGUUCCAUAUCAGAUUCCGCGACAUUGCUCGUGGUGGAAUACGUAUGAUACGUUCGGCUAGCAGGCAGGUGUAUAGCAGGAACGCCUCGUCGCUGCUGGAAGAGAACUACAACUUGGCUUUCACUCAGCACCUCAAGAACAAGGACAUUCCGGAGGGUGGGUCCAAGGGUACGAUCCUCCUCGAUCUGGGCGACCAGAAUCUCGAGACUAACGGUCGUGACUCCUUCAAUAAGUACAUCGAUGCUCUGCUGGAUUGCAUGAUGCCUCAGCAGACUGGUAUCUUCUCGCAUCUGCCCACUCCUGAGAUCUUGUUCUUUGGUCCGGAUGAGAAUACUGCUGGAUUCAUGGACAUGGGUGCAUAUAGGGCCAAGGCCAGAGGCUACCUUUAUUGGAAGGCUCUCACCACAGGCAAGUCGACUAAACUCGGUGGAGUCCCUCAUGACCGUUACGGUAUGACCACCAACAGCGUCCAUCAGUAUGUUAUCGACCUACUACAGCUGCUCGGGGUGGACGAGACCAAGAUCACCAAGGUCCAAACUGGAGGACCAGAUGGGGAUUUGGGGUCUAACGAGAUUCUCAUUGCUAAGGACAAGACCGUCGCUGUGGUGGAUGGUUCCGGGGUUGCUUAUGAUCCCAACGGCCUGAACCGCGAGGAGCUGGUGCGCUUAGCUCGCCUUCGCAUACCGAUCAGCAACUUCAACAAGGACAAGCUGACUGAUGACAAGAAUGCGUUCUUAUAUAAUAUCUCCGAUAAGAACAUCGACUUGCCCAAUGGAGAGCACUUCAAGACAGGUGUGGAGCUCCGCAAUGUCUUCCCUCAACUCGAGUAUUGCUCUGGAGAUCUCUUCGUUCCGUGUGGUGGACGCCCCGCAACUGUGAAUAUGGGUAAUAUUCACACUAUGUUCAACUCUCAGAAGGAGCCCAAGUUCAAGUACAUUGUCGAGGGUGCCAACCUGUUUUUCACAGAGGAUGCUCGUCGGGUGCUAGAGAAGGCCGGAGUUCAUCUAUUCAAGGACGCCUCGACUAACAAGGGCGGAGUAACCUCAAGCAGUAUGGAAGUUUUCGCCGCGCUGUGUAUGGAUCCUAAGGAGCACGAUCAGUUGCUUACUAUCCCCGACGUUACUCUCCCACCACCUGAGUUCUAUCAGCAAUAUGUUAACGAGAUCUUGGCCGUUAUUAAGCAUAACGCUUCGAUGGAGUUCAGCGCUAUAUGGAAGGCUAAUCACGAGACUUUGGCUGCCGAUGGCAACGGAUAUGUUCUGAAGAUAGACGCCACUCAACUACUCUCUAAGAAGAUCAACACUCUGAAGGAGUAUACCAUGAAGGUCUUCAGCGAGAAGAAUCCAGAGAACGAAUGGUUGGUUCGUGCUGUUCUUCGCCGAGCCAUCCCUCGUCUGUUGUUGGUCCACUGCGGUAUUGACAAGAUCUUGGAAAGGGUUCCCGAGGCCUACAUUCUGGCUGUCUGUGCGACCUGGAUAGCGAACACGUUCGUCUACAAGUAUGGUCUGGAGGCUAGCGAGUUCGCGUUCUAUCAGUUUAUGCGUAAUCUCGAGGAGCAUGCGCAAGGAGAGACUACUCCUACUACUAUGGAGUUAAGGAAGAGUGUUCCCUCAAUGGGCCUCUUGUGAUCGUUUCGGUUGGUAGAGUUGGCAGAUCGCAAUAUAUUUUAUAAUAGUUCUCUUUUUCAUCGGAAGUCUGCUUCGCUCAACUUUGGAACAAUCAUAGCUGAUUUUGAUAU